UCAGUACAGUAUAGUAGUGCUCGCUGUUCAGACAGCGGCUGGAUUGUUUGAGACCGCUCGCAACAUGUUUUAGUAAAUCAUUCAUACGUUCUGCGGCUAUGAAUAAUCAUCGAUUGGUGUAUUUUGUUUCUGUCGACGUUCAUGGAUUUUACAGUGAAUUAAUGUGUUCCUUUUUUAAGUGAUAUCGACAUCGCCGAUCACACAUGAAUUAGGAUAGAUUCUAUAAAUACUGAUAGUUUACACACUAGCCGUGUCCUGGUAAAAUGUGCAGAUGUCCUAAGCUACAUUUAUUCAAUUUUAAAAAUAAAAUCCUAAAUAUACCCUCUGCGGUUUAAUAAAAAUAAAACAAAUGUUCGGUGUUAUCAACAAACUGAUGUAUUUUUGUCAGCGAUUUUUCUUCGCAAUGCCUUCCUACAGUCAGGAAAUAGAAUUAACCGAAGCGAGCGAAUUCAGGAGACAUAACGGUCCGAGUAGGAAAGGAAACAACGAAAAGAUUAAAUUUUCUAGUGACGAUCCCACAAAAACCGUCCCCGACGGAUUAAACCAAGACCAAAAGCAGGCAUUCGAGUUGCGAGAUUUUCUUAAGAAUACCAACAAACCGAUGUUGGAGGAAGGUGAAAAGCCAGAUCUGCCGGUCUCCAUUCUCGCAGAGAAGCUGCCGUACAUAGAUGAUGAACAGGUGGAGUCUGAGGAGGCGGUGCAGUCCGACGAGGAGCAGCUGGCGUGCCGGGAGGCGGACGAGGUACUCAACAACGCUGCGUGCCGUCUGCGCCGCUGGCGGGCGGCCUCGCAGAAGCUGCGCCGGCCGCGGAUCAUAGAUAAUCUGAGUGGCAUGGAGCAAGGAGGCAAUGCCAUGAAGAACGCUCUCGGAGUGCAUACCGACCUGGCCGACCGGCUGCGCAGCCUGGCGGCAGCGGGUAGCGUGUCAGUGUCGGCGGGCGAGCUGUUGUCGCUGGCGCCGCCCACCGCCGCCACCGCGCCGCCCUCGCCCGGCUGCCUGCUUUCCCCAACGCUGGCGAACCAGACCUCGGCUGAAUAUUUCGGUUCAAGUCCGGAAUGCUGCGCCGACACGUCCAGUUUCGAAAUUUCGUCAGCGGGUGUGCCGGUGCCGCCGCCCGGGCCGCGCUACAAGCUGGCAUCUGAAGGCAGCUUGAGGGUGUGCACUUUCCAACACACCAGGACCGUCGUCGACAAGAUCCUCGCCGCAAAGUUCCUCAGGCGGUGGGAGUCGCACGUGCUGCGUCUGCUAGAGGAACACCUCGUUUCUAAGACGCCGUCGGGUCUGCUGGAACGUCCGCUGUCAUACAGCUGCAUGCAGGAGGUGUACUGCAUCUCGCGCUGGGACCCGGCCAGAAAGUACUGCCUCAGGAUCGUGGUGCCACACGGCUCACUGUUGCUGCAAGCCAAUGACGCGUACACGCGGGACCAGUGGUAUUAUUCUAUCAUCUGGAAAAGAAACAUGAUAAGGUAUCGCAAUUUUCUAACGAAAACAGUGAGGAAGGAAGUCGUUUUGAAAGAGCUCAAGAACAUGGUGGACUUUGCAAUGACAACGCCACUACAAGAUGAAAGCGUGACGCGAGCACCUCUGCAGAUUCUGACUGCCUUGCUGUCCGAGAAUAAGGACGACCCUGAUUGGGAGGAGUGGGCGGAGAACGUGACUAGUACCGCAGCUCCACUGUUAGCGGAGCGCGGGGUGACCGGCGAGCUGUGUGCGCUGCUGGCCCGCCUGUGCCGGCACAGGCCGCGCGCCGCGCCGCUUCCUGCGCUGGCGCCGCCCGUGCGCCGCGUCCUCACACGGAACGUCGACUUCGGCAAGGCGCCCGACGCCAGGCGAUUUGUACGAGAUUAUAUCAGUGCUCUAAGCGCGCACAAUUCUGGCGCGAGCCUGGUGCGUCGCUUCGUGGCGGUGACGCACGGCUCGCGCGCCGCCUGCCCGCACCCGCGCGCCGCGCCCAACCUCGUGGCCGUGGCGCUGGCCGCGCUCGACGACUACUACCGCGGACAGGACACGCCGCACCGCUGCCAAGACGACGAGCACGACGUCCUCUGCUUCGCCGACAUACUCGAGCAAAUGUGCGAGUACGAGGACUGGGUGGUGGUGGUGGGCAGCGUGCUGCAGCCGGUGCCGCUGUGCGCGGGCGCGCUGGGCUGCGCGCGGGUGAGCGCGCGGCUGGCGGCCGUGCUGCGCGCGCUGGCCCGCGACCCGCGCUGCGCCGCGCACGCCAGCGUGGCCCCCGCCUGCGCCGCGCGCCCCUCUCCGCCCUCCUGGCUGCGCGCCGCCGCGCCCUCCGACCCCGCGCUCGCCCUGCCCGCCCAGGACCUCUGCCAGCUGUGGGGAGCUAUGAUCGAAGGGCUAUUGAACUGCUGCUGCAAGAGGAAAAACUUCCUCCAGAGCAUGAGCAAACAGCUGCCCGACUUUCUCUUGGUUGCUCUCACUGAACAUCCUGCAGCACUAGAAGCCCUGUGCCUGAUGCUGGAGUGGGAGGUGGCGUGCGGCGAACAGACGCAGCUGGAGAUCAUCGCCGCGCUGCAGGCCACAGACCUCGGACACAAGUACUACAAGGAGCUCUGCGAGCGACAACGCAAUCUACAGAAAUUGCAAUCUGUAGGCGGCCCGCGUCAGAUGGCGCUGCCGGUGCGCGCGACGGACGCGGACCUCUCGGCGCUGCUCGGCUCGGGCGCGCUCGGCAACCUCGAGUGUCUCUCGCUCGCCUUCACCUGCGUCACCAGCGCCUGCGCACACGAUCUCAUCAAGCUGCCGUCGCUGCGGUACCUGAACCUUUGGGCGACGAAGUUUGGUGACAGCGGCGUGCAGCUGAUCGCCGAGCACCUGCCGCGCCUGCAGGUCCUCAACCUCUGCGAGACGCCCGUCUCCGACAAGGGGAUAGAAGCACUCAUUGGUCUGCCCAGUUUGAGACGGUUAAAUCUGAACAGCACCAAGCUGUCGGCGGAGGCGUUUGAGACAGUGCGCCGGCGCCUGCCUCACCUGCAGGAGUACGACGUGCGAUACACUGAAGCCUGGUGACGUCAGCGCGCCCCCCACCCCGCCGCCCGCACCCCCGACCACCCCGCUCACCCCGCCGACCACAUCGCCAAACAAUUUACGCUUAAACCACCUGCAUACUAUUAUGGUAAGCUUAAAACCUUCUACAAGACAUCUAUCAAAUUUUAAUACUUUAAUCAUGGUGUAAAUCAUGUUUAACAAUUAUUCAAUGUAUACUUAAAUG